UUUUUAUUCUGCAGUUUAUAAGUAUGGUUUUGUGCUAGCAAGUUUCGAUAUCAGCAAUAUAAUAUUUUUGCUGCUUUUUCUGCAUUAGUCUCAUGCUAUAAUAAUGAUGAUGAUAUGUAGCACAUGCAGUACUCGUGCUCUGCUAUCUCUGAUCAUCCUCUUUCAUUUGUGGUGAAAUGAAUUGCUGUGUGAUUAUUCAGCUGCUAUCUUUUCUUCUUCUAUUUUUUACAGAGCACAAUGUCACUGGUAACCAAGCUAUAGUGGUGAAACGUAAGAUGACUAGCCCGUUAACUACCAGCACAAGGGACAUGGUUGUUCUUUAGUAUAAAUUUAGAAGUGAGAAUCAUACCUGAUGCAACGAUUAUCUAUACUAAUAUAGAAAGAACCAACUGGGGUAUCAAAAAUGGAUGAAUGGCGGACAAGUCCUGCUUUAUAGUUAUGCACAAAAGGGCAAUAAGAUAAUUUUGGCAAUUUGAAAAGAUAUAGCAAAAAGAAUAAAAGAGUACUUUGUCUUUUUCAUAUUUUAUCCAUGUUACAUUUUCUUUCUCAUAUACAAACAUUAGCUCUUCCAUCUCCUCUAAGUUCAAUGUGAGAGAAUUGGGGAGUAAAUUUACAAAUACCAACACUCGGAUGGUAAAUAGAAGAUUUAAUGCUAUAUGUACAAAAACUCUUUUUUUUUUUUUGUUUUAAAGGAUAAAUCUUACGUUUGGGGUUUUGCACAAAAUUCUUCUAAACUUUAUUCCACAAAGCCUCCUUAACUUGGGGACUUUCACAAAAUCCUCUUGAACUUAAAAAAAAUGUACUACUAACGGAGCGAAUAAAAAAGCGACUACAUGACAGCGAAAAAUGAGAUUACAUCUCUACUAUAUUUUUACUUGUCGCUUGAUAGUUCUAAACUUAUGAUAGUGAAAAAUAAGAUUACAUCUCCACUAUAUUUUUACUUGUCACUUGAUAGUUCUAAACUUCCUGAUAUUCGAACGGUUGUUAUUUACAUUCAAUCUGCAUCUCUUAUGAAUAACUCUCCUAUAAUUUUAUUGUGUUAGUGAAGAAACAAUAUUAAACAUAUUUUAGCUACAAGUAUGAUUCAAACAUUUGCAAAUAUGUUGAGUGAAGUAACUGGACGUCCAGUUAGUCCAAGCUUUGUUGACAGGUUUAAAGCGCGUACUAAACUUCCUGAAGAGGCUGCUAGUGUUCUAGAUCAUGAAGAGGCAAGUACCUUUUACACUUCGACAUUUCUUAGCCUUCUUAGCUCUUGAACUGGUUUCUGUAGUGUUUUCUUGACUCGUUUCAGUUACUUCUUCUUUUUCCUCGUUGCUUUCUUCUCGCUCUCCUUUGUGUUCUUUUGCCACUGAUGUGGCUACAUUCUGAUUUUUAUAAUAAAAUUGGGUUAUCUCCUUUAUGUUAAGCUAUUUAUUUUGAAUAAUUGCAAUAUCUUUUUUCCCCAAUUUUAUUAUUUCAUGCUAUUGCAUUAGCUUUGUACUUGUAAACUCAUACAUUUAUUACCAAGGAUCUUUCUCCCCAGCAGAUAAACAUGCACAGAUGCCCAAAAGAAACCGACCGAACCCCUGACCUAUUUCUGAUAAUAGAAGCAGUAAGUUUGACAUCGCAAACAGGCACCAGUAUCUGAAACCAACAUCGAACUCAUCCGAACACUUGAUAAUCUAGAUCACCAAUGGCCUAACUUAUAUGUGCAUGCCCAGUGCUUUUUGUAUACAUGCAGUACAUUUAUUAUGUGAAAUAUACAAAUGCUUACAUGUUUGGGAGCAUCUAACGAUACACAAGAUAUCACUAGCUGUACAUGUUUGGGAGCAUCUAACUAUACAAAUGGUUACAUGGGGGGAUUCUCUAUAUCCGUUCCUUGCCGCUUACUCGCCGCCGCAAUGGGCGACGGCGAUCGCCGGAGUUUUUGUAGUAGUCUCGCUGUCGCUGCCCACGCACCUCUUGUUUCAACACCUCUCCGCUUACAAGAAUCCUGAGGAGCAGAAGUUUCUGGUUGGUGUUAUCUUGAUGGUCCCUUGCUAUGCCAUUGAAUCGGUACAGAAAUGAUGAAAGCCAAGAUUGAGAUUGAUACUGACAGGUUCCUAGUGAGUAUUUGACAUUGAGGAACAAGUUUUUGGAAACAAAUAGAGAAUAUAGUCUUUGACCGAGAAGUUUCAUGUUUUGUAAUCAAAUGUUGAUGUACAUUGUUUGAAUAUUAGUUCGGUACGAUAUUUUCUGAGUUGAAAUGUUGGUAGUGUGGAUUUGUAGUUUUUAUAUUAUACUGAUGUAUGUUGGCACUUAUCAUUAUGGUUGAUUAUGCUCAACAUAAUCACUUUUAUAUUG